AUGCCAAAUAUAACCCCAUACAUUUCUAAAUAUGAGCCAGGACAAUUUGAUGACGCACCUGAAGAUCACGAUGAUUUUACUAAACAGUAUAAUCGAUUAAGACGAAAAUUACAAGUAAAUGCGUCUGGAGCAUCGGUAGGAUCAGCUAAGGGUCAAAUAACACCUGUCGUUAUUAAUUCUAAAGGAAAUACAUUAUCAGUAGUUCGAGGAGUAUCAGCCGAAUCUAGAAAAAAAGCUGUUGAGACUAAAUUGCAAGAUCAAAUGAAAAGUUUGAGCAAAUACAUAAAAAGAAUUCAUCUUGACGAAAUUCCAGAUGGUCAAAUAUCUGUUUCGGUAACUAAUGAUAUCAAGAUGAGCAACAAAAAGGCACAAGGCGACAAGCAAAAGAAUAGCGAUAAAUCAGAUCGUGCUACUGUGGAACAAGUUUUGGACCCUCGCACGAGGAUUAUUCUAUUCAAGAUGAUAAAUCGUAAUAUAAUUUAUGAAAUCAAUGGAUGUAUAAGUACUGGGAAAGAGGCAAAUGUUUAUCAUGCAAGAACAGAAGAUGGUGCUCAGAGGGCCAUUAAGGUUUAUAAAACUUCAAUUUUAAUAUUUAAAGAUAGAGAUCGUUAUGUUACAGGAGAAUACAGAUUUAGACAUGGUUAUAGCAAACAUAAUCCAAGAAAAAUGGUUAAAUUAUGGGCGGAAAAAGAAAUGAGAAAUUUAAAAAGGUUAUGGCAAUCCGGUAUUCCGUGUCCUGAACCUCUUGUAUUAAGAUUGCAUGUUUUAGUUAUGAGUUUCCUUGGAGACAAAAAUGGAUGGGCAUACCCUAGGUUAAAAGAUGCUGUAAUCCAUUCUGACAAAUAUCCAGAGUUAUACUACCAACUUGUAAAGAAUAUGAGAACAAUGUAUCAUAAAUGUCGUUUGGUUCAUGCUGAUUUAAGCGAAUAUAACAUUUUAUAUCAUUCUCGGACUUUGUACAUAAUUGAUGUGUCCCAAUCAGUAGAACAUAGUCAUCCACACGCUCUUGAAUUUUUAAGAAAAGAUAUUUCAAAUGUUACAGAAUAUUUUAAGAAGAAAGGCGUGAAAACCAUGAGUAUAAGAGAAUUAUUUGAUUUUAUCAUUGAUGUUAAUAUUGGAUUAGAUGAGGAGCAGGUUGAAGCUGAACUUGAUAAGAUCCAAGAAGGAUUAACUUCUCAACAAGAAACCUCGACAUCAUUAAAUGAUGACCCUGAUAAAAUAUCUAAAGAUUUGGUCGAUGAAGAAGUUUUUAAGAAAUCUUUUAUCCCGAGAACCUUGGAUGAUGUAUUUGAUGUUGAAAGAGAUACUUUGAAAGUUUCCAAAGGCGAAGGCGAUGAUAGCAAGGUAGAAAACAUUUCACAUGUAAUUGAUCAAGAUGAUGAAAGCGAAGAUGAUAUACAAGAAGAAGGUUCUGAAGACGAAGAAAGUGAAGGAGAACGGAUAUCUAAGAAAAAUUCUAGAGGAAAACGGAAUGAGGACAAGGAAGCUAAAAAAGAGCGAAAGAAAGUUGCAAAAGAAGAAGCAAGAGAAAAAAGAAAGAAUAAAAUGCCUAAAGCUGUUAAAAAACGUAAAGUUAAGACUACAUCUGGAAAAAAAUCCAAAUAA